AUGGACGGCAAGGACGCACUCCAGCAGAGCGAGGCGUUUCCCCUGGAGGAAAUCUUCGAGAGCGACAUAACGAACGAGGAAAACAAAUCCAUCGUGGCCUAUUUGAGACAAGUGAAAAAUGAGAGGGACCAACUUCCCCGUACAGUCAGCGUGCGGGAGAUAAAAGAGGAACAGCAACGAAGUGAAAAAAACGGGGAGGGGAAAUCCAAUUCGCUGCACCAAAUAUUUGUACUACUAGACAAGUAUAAGGAGACUAAUUUGAAGAUCCAUAGCUGUGCCACUUGGAAGGAGGAAGUUAUCCAUUACGUGAGGAAUGUGAGGAGAUAUAUGCACAUGAAAUACAACAGGAAAGUAAUCGAUGGGGUGAAGUACCAAAGUGCUAAUUGUUCCGUGCUGACGAAACUGAAAAGGAGGGAAAAUUUGAUUUCCGUUUUUUGUUCAUCGCCGCUGUGCAUUCAUUUGUAUAUCUAUGGCAUUAACUACAAACAGGUGGUUCACUACUUGCAUGUGAUAGCUAGCCAUUUGGUGGAUCGGCAGGAGGGGCACUCGUGGGCGCUGUACGUCUGGAUUAUUUAUUUGCUCAUUUUGCUCGACUCGCUGCAGGCCCUGGACGCGAGCGUCUCCUCGGAUUUGCAGGCGAUCAAGCGGGUGUGCGCGGCAAGGGGGGGGAUGCACGCCACAGGAGAGAAGCACAGCGAUGUGGAGAAGCACGCCAGUGGAGAGCAAACCGAUGGGGAGCUAACCUUCCUGACCCAUUUCUACUGCAACGCACCUAAUCCAUCAGUCAGCAAUGUGUGCUCAUCCCACUGCCCCCAAUCCAUUUAUUACAUAAUUUACUACCUGAUUACGGAGGUAUUUAAUCAGAAAUGA